ACCAUUCGGCCCGAUUCGGAGAGUGACCAACAACGAAUAGCCUGGCCGUCUCCGACUUCCCUGCCCUCACUCCCCUUCAGAGCUGGAAAAGCCCAACCAAUCAUCUGACAGGGAGGGAAGAGGCGAAGCACCACCGACUUCCCAAGAUGCUGGCACUAAUAAACCGGCUUUUGGACUGGUUCAAGUCUUUAUUUUGGAAGGAAGAGAUGGAGCUGACCCUGGUCGGCCUCCAGUAUUCGGGAAAAACGACGUUCGUCAACGUAAUUGCCUCUGACGAAACCCUAAUUGGAGUGAUGGUUGAUGAGAUGAAGAGGCUGCUGAGCAAGCUGAUGUCCAAAUUUGUGCAAAUGGAUGUGAUCAGGAAAGCUGAGGAUAUCCUAGAUGUUGAUUACAGGAACAAGGAGAACUGGCAUGACACAGGCAACAUAGCAGUAUCACAUGAUGCCAGACAAUACAUGGAGCAAGUUGAAGACUAUCUCUGAUGCCACCAAAAAGAGGUUCUUUGACAGUGUAGUUAAUUUUUACACAAGUGUUGUGACCAAAAUGAACUUGAAAAAAAAUGGUUGCAUUUUGUCUUAGCGAUUGUCGCGCGCGCGCGUCAUCGGGAUUGGCAAACAGAAAUCUCCCUAUUUGCAAUUUCUACAACUUAACAGGUAUGCGAGUUAAUCGAUUAAUCGUUACAGCACUAAUAUAAACCGAUUUUUUUUAUUGACACGGCCACGUUGCGUUUAAGAAACGUAUGCGGCGAGCCGUUGCCGACCAUUACGGUACGUGACAUCACCAUUUUGUUUCGGUAAUACUUCACUCUAAUCGGCUGAAUGAUUUCGUCUGUGUUAAAUUCUACUUUUUUCACUCUUCAUAAAGCACAGAAUUUAGUUUCUUGAACUCAUUUGAGUCAACGUUUAUUGCAGCUCCGCAACUCGGACCAUAACAAACAUAACAACAGACUUCCUGUGUGUGUCCGUCAACUAUUUCUGUCCCUCGGGAAACUCAAACCCAAAUAACAAUAGUUCCUAUUAGGGUUGUUCCGAUCAUGUUUUUUUGCUCCCGAUCCGAUCCGGAUCGUUUUAGUUUAAGUAUCUGCUGAUCCCGAUAUUUCCCGAUCCAAUUGCUUUUUUUUUGCUCCCGAUUCAAUUCCAGUCAUUCCCGAUAAUUUUUCCCGAUCAUAUACAUUUUGGCAAUGCAUUAAGAAAACAAUGAAUAAAACUCGGACGAAUACAUACAUUCAACAUACAGUACAUAAGUACUGUAUUUGUUUAUUAUGACAAUAAAUCCUCAAGAUGGCAUUUACAUUAUUAACAUUCUUUCUGUGAGAGGGAUCCACGGAUAGAAAGACUUGUGACUGUGUAUAUUGUGACUAAAUAUUGCCAUCUAGUGUAUUUGUUGAGCUUUCAGUAAAUUAUACUGUAGUCAUGCCCAAAUGCAUGAUGGGAAGUGGGACCAUGACUGUGCUACCAAUUGAUAUAUCUUCUCUGCGUUGGGAAAUAACAUAAGGUGUUAAGAAAAAGAUCAAUUGCUACCUUGCUUCCCCACAUUGCUUCCCAUGAUAUUUCUAAUCGUAGGGAGAGGGAUUGUAAGGUUUUAGCCAAUUAAAAAAAGGCUCCAAAGCCUGCCAAAAUUCACUCAUUUUACGCUGCCUUUUAUCUCUCUAUAUAGGUACAACGGCGCCAUUACAGAUUGAGCGCGACAAUGCGUGAGUGGCUCGUGCAGUGCAGCGCAUGCAUUAAUUGCAUUAAAUAUUUUAAUGUGAUACAUUUUUUUUUUUUAAUUAAUUACCGCCAUUAUUAGGAUAAAGUUGAUAACCCUACCUUAAGCCUAAACUAAAGACUCUGGAAGAGUGAAACAUAUUAUGUCUGUAACGUUAAAUACAAUUAGAAAACGAUUUAAUUAAAAAAAAAUUUUUUUUUAAAGGCAUGGCCGAUAUUUUUUUGCCAAUUCCGAUACUUUGAAAAUGACGUGAUCGGACCAGAGUUCCUAUUGUUACUGUCGUGUCGACAGCGAUGAGCGCUCUCGGAUUUCUGACUUACGUUCUCACUUUCAUUUUACCGUAUCAAUCCAUGGAAGAAACAUUUAUUCAUCAUGAUGAAACGAGCAAUUUAUACAGCAGCCUUUAAAAGAAAAGUCACAUCUGUUUUGUUUUCUCCUAGAUUCUGGUAAGUUGGAGAAGUUGUCAAAUCAUAUUAUUAGCGUAAAUAUUGUCAGUUUAUGGUAAUGUUUUGAACUACCAAUAUGCUAUGCUUGUGCUGU